AUGAUUCUUCUAAAUAUCAAGUCUUCUGCUGCAUGUAAUCCAGAUGAAUAUAGAAUUGGUGUUGAAUGUUGUCCGAUGUGUUCACCAGGAAACCAUGUAUACAGGCACUGUACAGAAUAUACAAGUACUUCCUGUGUUCCCUGUAUUGGCUCUACCUACCUUGAUAAACCCAAUGGUCUUUCUACAUGUAUACCAUGUACACACUGUGACCCAGGCUUUGGUUUGAUAGUAAAACAUCCAUGUAGACCUUCAUCAGACACUGUCUGUGAGCCACUGAAGGGGUUCUACUGUACAGACCCAACUAAGGAUGGUUGAAAAGCAGCCCAGAGACACAGCAGCUGUGAACCUGGUCAAUACAUCAGACAGAAAGGAACUCCAUCUACAGACACUGUGUGUGUUGACUGUACUGGUGACACCUAUUCAGAUGGAUCAUUUACAUCCUGUCAACCACACACACAAUGUGACACUUUGAAUCUUCAAGAAAUUAAACCUGGAACUUUUAGGUCCAACUCCGAAUGUGGACCAAAGACCUCAUCUCUUAUACCUGUAACUGUAUCUACAGUUUUGGUGCUCAUUUUUUUAAUAACUGGGACUAUCAUAUUCAUAUUAAUAAGGAAAAACCUUAAAAGCAAGUAA